ACCAAAUGCUGAUGGCGGCUCACAGUUGGCUCCCGGAUAUGUACUUUUUUUAACCGAUUUAAUGGCGUCUAAUUUGACUUUUUGCACACUUGAUCAUUUGUUUGGUGUCUGGAGAAUAACGGCGAAGCAGUUGAGCACAAGAGUCGUGAAUUCAAAGCGGGAUAAUUUGUUGUAGAGCUCGCUGGUCCCAGGGCUUACUGGCUUGCCAGUAAAAUACAAGUCCAGUCAGCUUGUGAUAUCAGAGGUUUGUUUGUGUGUUACACACUGAAAAGAUCGCCGUUAACGUUGGACAAUUUAGUUAUGUUGUGACAGCGGCUCGCUGGUCCAAGUGCAACCGAGUCACCAUUUGGUUACUUUGAAGAGCAGACAAGCUGAGGGAAGUGGUUAGCCGACCUGAUUAGCUGCAGCCGUAAUUAUAGUUCUUCUGAAGUCAUUGGUCUCCACUGGAUAGUCUGAGUCUCUUCUAUGAUUCACCUUUGCGCCAAUCCUCCACUGUCAACAUGUUGAAGACACGUCAGUGUUUACUCGGGUUUCGCACUUUCCUUGGAGUGACGUCUAGAAUAUGGAGUUUCUUUUUAUACAUUCUCAGGAAACAUCUACGAACGAUAAUCCAGUACCAAACAGUGCGUUAUGACAGAUUACCUCUCUCCCCUGUUUCCAGAAACAGACUCCAUGCAGUGAAGAGGAAGAUCUUGGUGUUGGAUCUAGAUGAGACUUUGAUUCACUCUCACCAUGACGGUGUCCUUAGACCUACAGUGAGGCCUGGUACACCACCAGACUUCAUCCUCAAGGUGGUAAUAGACAAACACCCAGUCAGGUUUUUUGUCCAUAAAAGGCCACAUGUCGAUUUCUUUUUAGAAGUGGUUAGUCAGUGGUAUGAGUUGGUGGUGUUUACAGCUAGUAUGGAGAUAUAUGGAUCGGCAGUAGCAGAUAAGCUGGAUAACAACCGGAGUAUCCUUAAACGAAGAUACUACAGACAGCACUGCACUUUGGAUUUAGGGAGCUACAUAAAAGAUCUGUCUGUAGUACACAAAGAUCUCUCCAGUAUAGUUAUUCUGGACAACUCACCUGGAGCUUAUCGAAGUCACCCAGACAAUGCAAUACCUAUAAAGUCAUGGUUUAGUGACCCAAGCGACACAGCACUUCUUAACCUGCUCCCAAUGUUGGAUGCAUUGAGGUUUACCUCAGAUGUUCGAUCCGUCCUCAGUCGAAAUCUCCACCAGCAUCGGCUCUGGUGAUCAUAUCUGUCGAGGAUGGUCUCAUCUGGCCGCCUUGUAUUUACACAGCUCUGCCCGCUAUGUGUAAGCCUCUCGAAAUGUAAGCCCUCGUUAUCAUGUGAGCUCACAAGAGUUAUAUGGACUCCUGAUGAAAUGCUACCACAUGGGAGGACAGAGAGGAACAAUGGAUAUGAUGAAGCUAUUUCAGAUAAACUCAAAACAAAUGGAGAGGACAGAAUUUUUUCUUGUUUUCUUUUUCCUUAAAAAAUGGACACUGCCUUACAUUUGUUGGAUGUAAUAUGUGUAUGUUGGAGUAUUUCUAAAUGAAAGAGGGAGAAUGAUUGUGAUUUCCAUUUUACCUUACAUUUUUAGGUAAAUAAAGAAUCAAUGAACACGUUAGAACAACCAGUCACUUUCUACAAUUCAUUAGCACUUACUAGCAAAUGUGGUCACUUCCCUAUCUUAUCUACUCAUUCUCUUGUUCUUUUGUCUGUCUGCCAUCUCUGGUAUCUGAUCCACUUCUUUAUGUUAUAGGGAUAGUUUGCUCAGAAAUUAAAAUUCUAUUAUAAUUUAUUUGUUCCAAACUCAUUCCAUGACUUACUUUCUUCUGUAGCCUAUAUAGCCUUAGUCACCAUUCACUUGAAUUGCAUAUUUUAUUUUCCAUACAAUGAAAGUGAAUGAUGAGAGGCUAACAUCUUCUCCAUGGAUGAACAUAGGUCAGAUACAUUUGGAACAACACAUUUGGCAAAUAAAUAAUGACAGAAUUUUCUUAUUCACAAGUAGCACCCUCUUGGAUUUUAUGGGAAUGAAAACGAGGCCAUGAGGGAUAGACUUACAGUCUCUUCAAUGUAUGCAUGGUAUAAAGCUCCUAGGUCCCAUCUGAUUUUCCACAACUCAUAUUGUCUGGGUCUUUUUUUCUACUG